GGACCGAAUGUAGCGUCAUCCUUUCUGAUGUAGAGCGGCGCGGCGGCCUUUCUCUGCUGCUCUACAUUUCACACAGUGUGCCCGCUCUGAUCCCGGUGUUGCAGCUCUUUUAUUGUCUUCAACCAUGGCUGUAAAGUCUCCGCUCCUGGCCGCCUGCCUGCUGCUUCUGUCCGUGAGCUGGGAGGUUUCAGCGGACGGUCUGGUGAACGAGGAGGUGAAGAGGACUGUGGACUUGAGCACUCAUCUGGCUAAGAUCACUGCGGAGAUCGUGCUGUCCAACCAGGGACACUCUGCCGUCCAGAGCUUCGUGCUGGCGGUAGAGGCUGACCUGGCCCCGCACCUGGCAUACAUCGGAGCCUCGGUCAAGGGUGAUGAGGAGGAAGAUGGCACACUUGAACUCCAACAGACUACAAUUCCAGGCCAAAGCGGGCAGUUUUAUAAAGUGCAGCUGCCCUCCACUCUGGCAGCAGGUGCUCAGUUGAAAGCGAAGGUGGAGAUGACAUUUAGCCACGUCCUGAAGCCCUUCCCCACACAAAUCACCCAGGCCGAGCGCCAGCUGGUGGUCUUCCAAGGGAACCACUACCUGUACUCCCCAUACCCAACCCGCAGCCAGACCACGCGUGUCCGCCUGGCUUCCAAGACUGUGGAGAGCUACACCAAGCUUGGUAACCCCAGCAAGAAUGAUGAGAUCGUCGAGUACGGACCCUUCCGCGAUGUGGCGCCGUUCAGCGAGGAUACCAUGAAGAUCCAUUACGAAAACAACACGCCCUUCCUCACCAUCAGCAGCAUCACUCGGACCAUUGAGGUCUCUCACUGGGGUAACAUUGCUGUGGAAGAGACCAUCGACUUGAGGCACACAGGAGCCGUCCUGAAGGGGCCUUUUUCACGUUACGAUUAUCAACGUCAGUCAGACAGCGGCAUCUCAUCUGUCAAAUCCUUCAAGACUAUCCUUCCUGCCUCGGCCCAGGACGUCUACUACAGAGAUGAGAUCGGCAACAUCUCCACCUCUCAUCUGCAGGUGCUGGAUGACUCAGUGGAGGUGGAGGUCAGGCCUCGCUUCCCCUUGUUCGGAGGCUGGAAGACCCAUUACAUGAUUGGUUACAAUCUGCCCAGCUACGAGUACCUUUACACCCUGGGUGACCAGUAUGCACUGAAGAUGAGACUGGUUGACCAUGUGUAUGAUGACCAGGUCAUUGACUCCCUCACUGUGAAAAUCAUCCUGCCAGAGGGAGCCAGGAACAUCCACGUGGAUACACCUUACAGGAUUGAUCGCAUGCCAAACCAGCUGCAUUAUACGUAUCUGGAUACCUUUGGCCGACCAGUGCUGGUUGCCACCAAGAACAACCUAGUGGAGCAUCACAUCCAGGAUGUUGUGGUUCAUUAUAACUUCAAUAAGAUCCUGAUGCUGCAGGAGCCUCUCUUGGUCGUAGGAGCCUUCUACAUCCUCUUCUUCACUGUCAUCAUCUACGUCCGCCUGGACUUUGCCAUCACAAAGGAUCCUGCGGCUGAGGUGCGCAUGAAGGUCGCAUCCAUCACCGAGCAGGUGCUGACUCUAGUUAACAAGCGCCUGGGUCUGUAUCGACACAUGGACGAGGUGGUCAACCGCUACAAGCAGUCCCGUGACACCGGAGCGCUCAAUAGCGGGCGGAAGACUCUGGAGGCCGACCACCGCACUCUCACCAACGAGAUCAGCUCUCUGCAGGCCCGCCUCAAAGCCGAGGGCUCCGAUUUGGCUGAUAAGGUCGGGGAGGUGCAGAAGCUGGACGGCCAGGUGAAGGAGCUGGUGUGCCGCUCAUGCCAGGAGGCGGAGCGACUGGUGGCGGGUAAGGUCAAGAAGGAGGCUUACAUCGAGAGCGAGAAGACUCUGACCAGCAAGAGACAGGAGCUCGUCAGCCGAAUUGACAGUCUGUUGGAUGCCCUCUAAACUACUCCUGCCACACUCGCACACAGAAACAGUUAACACCACCCUUACUACGACAUACAGCCGACUAUUUGUAUGUAUGAGAAUUAAAUGUGACACAAAUGCUUACACAUUUUUUUUUUUUUUUUUACCAUCCUUGAAUCCAGACAUGGACUGUUAACAUCUCAUCUUAUGGUAGUGAUGGGUUUAUCUUGUGCCUUGCGAUAAACUCGAGGUCACUGUGUGCUCAGCUCUCCAGCAGCUACGUCAUUUUAGCAUUUUGUUUUUGUUUUUGAGUUUGUUGAGCUAUACUUCAACUUCGCACACCUUGCUCAGACUUGACACUUCAUUUCUAUGUUCUGGACUUUGUAUUUUUCUUCGCCCCCCCCUCCCCUCUUAAGUAUGUAUGGUUAUGGGACUUUUUUUUUGUUGAAACGAGCUAGCUGAAGGGCCCAAGUGUUUUUCGGUCUCAUGUCUUUACUCACAUACGCUGUUUUCUAAGAUUGAAUCAUCUAGUUUUUAAGUAUGAAGGUGAAAGUCUUUUCCGAUCUUAUCUCUUUUGCACUUACAACUUUUUUCUACUCGCCCCAGGCUGACGUUUAUAUUUGAACAAAUUUGAAGCUCUGAUUCUGUGUCAUCCCCAACACUUUUUGCUUGAUGUACAUCAGUCAUAUUUUCUACAUUUUGUAUGAUUUUUCUUUUUUGUUUUGUAAGUGGUGUUUUUUUUUUUUGACCAUGAGAUUAGUGAAUUCAUGAGAUUAGGCUAUAUGCGAGAAAAGACAUGGGAGAUGGGACACAGAUGUUUGUGAAAUGGGCAACUGUAUGAAAAGCUGUCAAUUUGAAAUAAAGUUUUGAGAAACUCAU